CGGAAGGGACGACCCCGUGUGGCGCGCGGGGCGGGGCCUCUUUGGCGCUCGAGCGGCGGCCAUGGCGGAGCCGCGGGUGCUGGUGAUCGAUGGGCGCGGACACCUCCUGGGGCGGCUGGCGGCCAUUGUGGCCAAGCAGGUGCUGCUGGGUCGUCGCGUCGUCGUCGUUCGCUGUGAGGGCAUCAACAUCUCCGGCAACUUCUACCGCAACAAACUGAAGUUCUUGGCCUUCCUCCGCAAGCGCAUGAACACCAACCCCUCUCGGGGUCCUUAUCACUUCCGCGCCCCGAGUCGCAUCUUCUGGCGAACCGUCAGAGGGAUGCUGCCCCAUAAGACCAAACGCGGCCAAGCGGCGCUGGAGCGCCUCAAGGUCUUUGAUGGGAUCCCCCCCCCUUACGAUAAGCGUAAGCGUAUGGUGGUCCCGGCCGCGCUCAAGAUCAUCCGCUUGAAGCCCACGCGCAAGUUCGCUUUCCUGGGCCGUUUGGCGCAUGAGGUGGGGUGGAAAUACCAAGCGGUGACGGCGACGCUGGAGGAGAAGCGGAAAGAGAAAGCGAAGUUACGCUACGAGAAGAAAAAGAAGCUGAUGAGCCUGCGUCGCCGCGCUGAGCGCAAUGUGGAGGCCAAGACGGCGCCGUUCACGGCUGUGCUGCGACAACAUGGGCUGCUGCUCCAGUAACCAACUGGGAGGGACUGGGAGCACUGGUCUGGACUGGGGGGGGCUGCUCUGAAUAAAGGGAUUGGUUCUGUAA